CCCGGCAGCAAUCGAAUUUGAGAGAGAACGGAAUUAGGGUUACUGUUGCGAUGUCGGCGGACGGCGUCGUUUUGAAGAAGGCGAGGCUGGUCCCACAAGAAACACAGACUGAGAAGAAGGAGAUGAGUGAAGGAAGAAGAAGAUGGGAGGAGAUGAACAUGGAUUGCUUAGCAUAUGCGUUUAGCAAAGCUGGAAUGGAGUCACUGCUUUUGGCGGUCCCUUUUGUCUGUAAGUCCUGGCACAAAGCUGCCCUUAAUCCUAAAUGUUGGACAUGUCUUGAGUUUCCUGAUCAUAGACCCUAUCCUGUGUUCGUUAAUACUGUUGAAGAAAUCGAUACUCCACCUCGGAGUUUCGGCACGUUUUAUGAUAAGUUUAUACAUGUAUAUCGAAUCGAUAAGAUUCUCGAUCACUGCGUUUGUAAAGAUGGUGGUUGAUAAGAGCAAAGGGAAGGCUACGGAACUCGAGCUACCCAUGUGUGGUACAGAAGCAGCUCUGAGAUAUGUUGCAGAUGCGUGUCCUCUGCUCAGAGCCUUGACGUUUGUCGAUGAUCUGGUGAUUUUCAAGCAUUCUCAGAUUCUCCCGGAAGUGAUUGGGAAAUGGAAGUUUUUGGAGAAAUUUUUUUUGGGGGGCAGCUUGAUACUCACUGUCGAGCAUGUAAACGAUGGAAGGUACUUCUGUAAAUAUUUUCAGGAGUUGUUGGCACCGGAAACUCCGAGCUGCUAUAAUGUUUUGGAGAGGAUUAUAGUGCAGAUCGGCACUCACUGCAAGCAGUUUAGGUUCUUGAAUCUUAUACUAAUCCAUCUGCUUCAAGUUGAAGCAUUGGCAAUUGUGAACUUUCUGCCACACCUUCGGACCAUAUUAGCAGGCAGGUGCAUCAUGGAAAGGGAUAGCGUUCUCACAGUAGUUCGGGGAUGCAAAGAGCUUGAUAUUUUUUAUGCCAAGGAAUGUGCAGGCUUUGCACAGGAUGAUGAAGAAAUUUACAAGCUUGCUCGCCAGACUGUUUUCACAUAGGCUAGAGACUCCAACUGUGUUUAGGAUAGAUGUUACACCCCUAAAGCUUCCUAGGCGGCAAAGGCACGCGGCAUGGGUUGUCUUUGCACCAUGUCGGGAUGCAUGAAGGCACAAGCAAGGACAAGCUCUAGUAGGAAGGGAAAGUUGGUAUGCAGCAACGAACCAAGCCAAAGGAAGGAAGGCAGCAUGGACCCCAAAGGCUCGGCAGGGUGCAGUGUCGGGUGCAUGAUAAGUGUGCUCGGCAGGGUGCAAUGUUGGGUGCGGCAGGAUACAUGAAAAGGUGCACUGCUGGGUGCAUGUCAAGUGUGCUCGGCAGGGUGCUACGAAGGUGCGAGAAGGGUGCGAGAAAGGUGCGCUGCAGGGUGCUCGGCAGGGUGCGCGUGGAUGCACUCUAGGGUGCAUACGUGUGCAUGGUGGUUACAAGCGGUCGACAAAGCAA